AUGCAUGACGAUGACACCUUUUCCGGUGCUGCUUUUGCAGCCGCCCCUUCGGGGGCCCGUGGUUCCUUCGGGAGCCCUGUGGUUGAGACUCGCUGGCUUCGCCCCUGUCAAUAUACUCUGGGAAAGUUGUCGUCUUGCGGUGGUUCCUUUGUGGGGUGGUUCGUCCUCGUGCAAUCGCCAACGUUCGUCGUCUCAUCCUCCAAUCCAACAGGGUGGAUUUGCUACGGUACCAGUCGGUCUUCGGUUCGAUCGUCGUCCUCGAUCCCUUCUUUGUCUCGGUCGAAGCUCGCGAUCUCAUCUGCUGACCGUUGCAAACCGGCCCCUGCCUGGCGUUGGAGUUUCGAUCUGGCGUCCUUCUUCAACUCGUUUUGA